AUGAAUUUCUCGUUUUGUCUUCUUUGGAUUUUUAUUCAAAGAAUUUCAACUUUUUCGUUUAAUCAACCGAAAUUUUGUUCAAAUGCAACUUGGAAUAAAUCUGCAAUUACUUUUGCUGAUCAAAACAUUAUUGGACGACUUCCCCGUGCUCUUUUUAUAAACACAAACAACACAAUCUAUUCAUUCAAUCAGAAUACAAAACAAAUUCUAAUCUGGGCCAAUCAAAGUUCAAAUCCAACAAAAAACAUUUCGGGGAAUUUCGUCGGAUCAUUGUCGAUAUUUGUGACAAAUGUUGGAGAUAUUUUUAUCGAUAAUGGUCAGUCGAACAAGCAAGUUAAUCAAUGGAUUCAACGAAAUGAAAGUUUGAUCACUGUCAUGAGUGUCGAUUCUCAAUGUUUUGGGUUGUUUGUCGAUCAAAAUAAUUCGUUAUAUUGCUCAAUGUCCAAUCAACAGAAAGUGGUGAAGAGAUGGUUGAACGAUGUUGAUUUGAAACCAAAACUUGUUGCUGGAAAUGGCACUAAUGGUUCUGCUCUCAAUCAACUUUCUUCUCCUGAUGGAAUAUUUGUUGAUGUGAAUUUCGAUUUAUAUGUGGCAGAUUGUGACAAUAAUCGUAUCCAACAAUUUGAAGUUGGACAGUUAAAUGGAAAAACGAGAGUGGGACAAGGAUCUUCAAAUGUCACAUUUACACUCAAUGGUCCAAGUGGAAUUGUUCUCGAUGCACAAAAAUAUUUUUUCAUUGUGGAAAGAGGAAGACAUCGUAUAAUUAGAGAAGAUGCGAAUGGUUUUCGAUGUUUAGUUGGAUGUGCUGGAGAAGGUUCACAAUCUGAUCAAUUAUCCGCCCCAAAUACUCUGAGUUUUGACAUUGAUGGAAAUAUUUUUGUUAUUGAUUAUGGAAAUCAUCGAAUUCAAAAGUUUAAUUUUGAAAAAACAUCGUGUAAUGAAUCUUCGGUAGUUGGAACGACAAAUCAAGUUGCAGAAAGUGAAUUAUCAACUGUUUCAUUGACAACGACGAAGAUCGAAGAAAGUUUGUUGAAAUUAGUUUUCAUUAAGAAGUGA